GUGAGCACUUAGUAGCGAGCGAGCGAGCAAUAUUUUUGCGCAAAAAACAGAAGAAACUCUGCAAAAAGCCCUAGAAAACCGCAAAUUGAACAACUAUUUGUGUUUUAGCAAUUGAAAUUAAAGCCAAAAACAGGCGACACCACAUUUUAAGUGAAUUUAACUCAAGUUGGUCCAAGAGAAAAGAGAACGAAAAUUUUGUUUGCCUGUGUGUGAGCGAGUGAGCGAAUGCGUGUGUGUGUGUGUGUGAGUGUAGGUGCGUGCGUGCGUCCGUGUGUGUAGAGCUGCCAACUUGUCACAAAAGAAACAGAAAUAAAAAUUGAAUUGUUUGUUUAAAUCGUUUCUGCUCAUUAGAAGAACCAUUUUAAAUAGAUGAACAAAAAUUGUUCAAUAAGUUAAAAUAAAAUGUUAUAUUCCCAUAAGUGACACAACAAUUGAAAUUUUCAACAAGUUGCCAGAGCUUAAGGCGCGCAAAAUCACACACACACAGACACAGCGACAUAGAGUGAGUGAGUGAGAAAGAUAAAAGCAAGCGAACGAGCGAGCGAGAGAGCAACAACAACAAGCAACGUUUUUUAGUGAUGUCAUCAGAAAUCCCUGUUGAAAUUGUAGAAACAUCAACAAGCUGGCCAAAUUGAAACCAAAACGGAAACGGAAGCCACCAAACUGAAGCAUCUGUGUCGGAAGUCGAGGCGAGAGCUGCUCAAAGAAAAUGGACAACAGCAUCGUCGUCGAGGAGAAUGGCAAUUCAUCAUCUGUAUCGAUGCCAUCCGCAGAUCCAAUCCAAUCAGUAGCAGUGGCAGCGGCCUCAGCAGAUUCAGGAGGCGGCCAAUCUCAGCAGCAGCAACAACAACAGAACCAACAAAGUACAACAAAUAACACAAAUAGUGCAUCUAGUGGCGGAGCGGGUGGUGGUGGAGGAGGAGGAACUGCAUCCGUAUUGACCACCACAGCCACUGGCAAUUGCAAUAUACAACAAUAUCCCAUACCAGGACUGGCGCCGCACGGUUUACAGGUACAAUCCGUGAUACAGGCUAAUCACUCGGGUGUCAUACAAACCGCCGCCGGAACGCAACAACAGCAACAGGCGCUGGCCGCCGCCUCCGCGAUGCAUAAGGGCAGCAGUAAUGUUGUCUAUGUAUCCAAACCGGCCAAUUCGACGGUGAUACACACAACCUCCGGCAAUGCAGUGCAAGUGCGUAAUAAUCAAAUCCCUCCAACUUUUCAAUGUAAGAUCAAACCCGAACCGAAUACACAACAACCGGAGGAUAGUGACGAGAGUAUAUCGGAUGAUGAUUCUCAGCAUCAUCGUAGCGAGCUGACACGAAGGCCUUCGUACAAUAAAAUCUUCACCGAGAUCAGUGGACCUGACAUGAGCGGCUCAUCAAUGCAAAUGGGCGACGGUGUCCUUGGCUCCCAACUGGCUAGUGGAGCGGGCGUAGGAGGCGGAAACCCAACCGGCGGAAGUCCACUCCUGCAUAUGGGUCCAGAAUCGGCCUACUAUAUAUCCAAUCGGAUAGCCUACCAAACCAAUAACAGCGGGAUUGCAGAGGAUCAGUCGCGCAAGCGGGAGAUACGUUUGCAAAAGAAUCGGGAAGCGGCACGGGAAUGCCGGCGAAAGAAAAAGGAGUACAUCAAGUGCCUGGAGAAUCGUGUGGCGGUGCUAGAGAACCAAAAUAAAGCGCUUAUCGAAGAGCUUAAAUCGCUCAAGGAGCUCUACUGUCAAACAAAGAAUGAUUGAAGUACACUAAUGAUGAAUAUAAUAAUGACGUCGAUGAUUAUUGUUGUGGCCAUAAUAUUUACGAGACAAGAAAACAAACAAAUUUUUGGGAUUAUUGGUGUUGGACGCUCAACGAUGCAACGCGCGGAAGGACGAUUAAGUAUCGAUUUAUUGAAACUGAUUUGUGUGAUCGAUCGAAUUAGACGAAGAGAAAACCACAUGGAGAAUGUGUAGAUUGUUAACUAUAUAGCGAUAUAUCAGUAGACAACUCUCUCUAUUUCUCUAUGUGUCUCUCGUCUUGAUUCUCCAAGACGAAAUGCAACAGUUUCUAUACGAUACAAUCGCCAUAUCGUUUAACGAUCGUCGAUCAAUAUAGGGAAUGUAGCCGGGAGGACAGCAGAAAGUUAUUCUUAUUCUAACGAUAACGAAUCAAUACUGUACUCAUUACGGCUGCAUUCCUUUGCGAAUGAAUAACAAUAAUCCCUCUCGAUUUCUGUUACUGUUUGGGGCCGCGCAUAUCAACUGAUGGGCUAUAUCCUCUAAUGUUGGUAUAUAUAAA